UUUUGAUGUACAAAUUAGCUCUCCUUCGAGCCGGGACAAGACUCUAACGCACCCUAAGCAACGGAAUUUUGUGGAAAAAGAAUGCAGGCCCCCGAUGAUAUUCGUAAUCUUCCAAUCGACAUUACAUUCUCCCGCCUUGGUGAAUGGCUCGUCGAUCGGAAAAGAAUCCCUGCUGAUUGGCGUAAGCGUUUGGCAGCGUUGAGAGUUCGCAUCUCCAAGGAGUUCUUGUCGCUCCCCAAAGAUACCGAUCCCUAUUUCCAUACCUUAGAUCAUGAAGAUAUUGGUUAUUUAGAGGCAAAGAAAAUAUACAAUAUUCUUCUAGAGUCAACCCCAGAAAGCCGGAAUAUAUUUGGCCGGCUAUCAGGUGCUGCUGGUGCUUGGGAGGUGAUUGUACGAGCUUAUGAGAAGGAUCAUAUUUUUCUUGGCGAGGCAGCUCAAAUAAUUGUCCAGAAUGUGAUUUAUGAAAUUCCAUAUCAGAAGAAACAGGUCCAAAAGAUUCAUCAACAGCUUGCUGAGCUGGAACGCAAAGAAUCUGAUACUAAAAGAAAUGCUUCUCUUUCGGCAGCUAAAUAUGUAGAGGCUUGUCAGGAUCUCGGUUUGCAGGGAAAAAAUGUUAGAGCUGAACUUCUGGAGACUGCAAUGUCACUUCCAAGCACGUUUAGCAGAAUAUUAGAAGUCAUAAAUGGUGAUUCUGUGUCACGUGCUAUUGAAUACUAUUCUGAUUUUGUAAGGGAUGCUCACUCGGAUAAGGAUAAAGACGCGACUGUAUUACCAAACCUGCGGCAUGUACAUGAGCAUCCUCCUUCUUUACAUGUGUCUGUGGGCUUUGAGAUUGUUGAUUCUGGAAAUGUUCAAUCAAGCUAUAUAGAACCAGAUGCUAUUGGACAGACAGGAAUUGCUGCUGAUAAUAUUGACUGGGAUAUAUCGGUGGAAAAUACUCAAAUUGAUUGGGAUAUAGGUGCACUGGAAGAAACUGAGGACACAGGAAAUGGGUUGGGACCUUAUGAAAUAGUUCAUGCGAGUGAGGCUGUGGAAUCAUAUCAAAUGGAAUCUAAUAAGGAGGGUAGUACUACAUUGCCAGAGACUACUGUGUCUGAGAUAUCAUGGGAUGUCAGUGUUGAAACACCGCAAGUUGAUAUCAUCGAUGAUGUAACCUUGCCAGAUAUAGCGAUGGAUCAAAAGACAUUCAUCCCUUCAACCCAAUCUGUGGAAAUCACUGAAGUUAGGAGUGAGCUUUUGGAGACCGAGUAUAGGAAUAAAAUUCUUGAUGAUCUAUAUGAGGUUAAGGCAUUUCUAAUUCAACGUUUGAAUGAGUUGAAGAAUGAUGAAACUCUGUCUUUGCAACAUCAAGUCCAGGCAGUUGCUCCCUUUGUGCUGCAGCAAUAUGCUUCUGAUGCCAUUGAGACAAUGUUAUCAGAUGUUUCCUUGGCUAUUUCAUUACUGUCAAGUAGGAAAACUCAAGAUUUAAUUAUGAUUCUCAAUUCUAAAAGAUUUCUAGAUAGAUUAGUUAGUACACUAGAGGAAAAGAAGCAGCGUGAAGUGAAACUGAAGGAAGGGUUAAAGGACUUGGCUGGCAAACGCAUGGAGCUUCAAAAUUCAUUGGCUUCAUUUUGGCCAAAACAGGAAUCAGCUCUGACGAAAACGAGGGAGUUGAAGAAGUUGUGUGAAAGCACUUUAUCAUCCAUGUUUGAUGGAAGGCCUGUCAACAUUAUUGGCGAAAUAAAUGCUGUUUUAGCAAGCGGUCUCACCGCGUAAAUACCCUAAAAUGCCACCAAACACUUGAAUAUGGAUUACAAAUCGGAUUGAUGUUCCUCAACUUAUUUUCCUCUUCCUAAAUCAAUCUGUAAAACAUUAGAUUUACUAACGCUUCCAAGUUUGUCACUUGAGUUUGUUUUGUUUUUCUUUACUAUUAAGAAGGCUAAAUAUAUAUGUUCAAAUCUUCGGUAA